AUGGCUAAGCGGCUUGAAAAGGCUGAAAAGGCGCUGGCUGAGAUGCACGCUGCUGUAGGCGGCUCUGGGUUUCCCGGUGGGGAUAUCGCCGGUCUCAGAGUGCCUUCACCUAGUUCAGAGAGUCCGGUGCCGUCGCAGCGAGAUUACUACCCACCGCGCACGGAAGACUCCGAUCAGCAGGGUACUUCUCAUGGUCCAUCCGAUACGACCACUACAGGGCCCCCGGCACAAGCAUACCAAGCGAACCACGAGGCUCCGGAGAGGCGCCUGAGAUCAAAUGAUCCCAUCGCUACAGAGCUGAGCGUGGACGAGCACGGCAAAAUAUGCUACUACGGCCCGACAUCUGCAGUCCAUGAUCCGCAGGUAGACACUCGAGGGUCACAGACGCCAACGGCAUGUGGUACCCCACCAACCAGGGCUACUGCCCGCAACUUCCUAACUGCAUAUGGCAAGGAGUCGGCAACAUGGGAGGAAUUUGCCCUAGGGAAUGCCUCUCUAGAGACUGGAAUACCCCGUCACAUUAUGGCCAAGCUGUUACACCUGUACUGGACUUGGGUGUCGCCCAUGUUUAUGUGGGUGUAUCGGCCGGCCUUUGUGCGUGACAUGGCAACUGGUGGCCGGUACUACUCAGACUUUCUACUAACGGUGAUAUGCGCACACGCCGCCAAAUACCAGGACGGAAACUGUGCUGAGCUUCUACUCACCAGAGCCCGCCGGCUGCUAGGAACGGCCAUUCAGCAGCCUAGCUCCAUACCAACCAUACAAGCUCUACUGCAGCUGAGCGCGCGGGAUCUUGCACAUGGAUCAAUCUCGCAGGCAUGGGUGUAUAGCGGCAUUGCGUUCCGGAUGGCGAGCGAUCUUGGCCUGCAGCACACUGGGCCGGGAAUCAAGGGCAUGAAUCCGGUUGACUUGGAGGUGCGGUGGAGGCUUUUCUGGAGUUGUUACUUCUGGGAUAAGGCCACAAGCUUGUACGCUGGGAGAUUACCAGCGGUUACUGAAGCCUUGAAUCACGAUACGUUGGAUAUGUUGGACGACUCAACUGAACUCGAAACGUGGUGUCCUUACUAUAAGGACUCUCUGAAUCUGACCAAACUCACUCACAACCAGUAUCCGCCUAUGAAAAGCCGUUCUGUUGCCUGCUUUGUGAACUCGUGCAGAUUGUCCAUCAUCAUCAACGAUAUAAUCAUCCAGCUCUACUCUCGGAGAAGCCGAAGCAUUACCGAGGGUGCAUUGAAAGAUAUCAAGUUGCGAUUGGAGUCAUGGCGCGCCAACUCGCCCUCCCACCUAAGAUACGACCCAGACAGUCUCCCAGAAAUCUGCCCACCCCCACAUAUCAUUGCGCAGAACCUCCUUUAUUACACAUCUGUCAUCCUCGCACAUCGCCCAUUCUGGUCCUCAGUUCCUGCAUACUACCAGAUAUGCAUAGAUGCUGCCCAAAGCAUCGAGAAACUGAUCCUCCUACUGGAAUCCACCUUCGGCCUCGAGAACAUUACAUAUCUUAUGGGCUACUGCAUCUACACCGGCGCCUCAGCCAUCUUAGACGAUGCCAGAAACGGCCGAGGGACCGGCAGUGCGGUCUUGCGAACCUUCCUCAGAGCGCUCAACACAGGGAUGCGACGGUGUCCGCUUCUCGAGCGGAGUUUGAAUAUUAUUGUUAAAGAACUUAACCGGCCACCUGCGUCGCCCACAAUAAACGCCACUGCUGCCGAUCAUGUCAAUACCGCUACAGUUGCUGUUGCUCUUCAACAACCACUCGAGCAUCAGCCCAUUCUCAACCUCAAUCCCAGCAUCAAUCUUACCACAGCUAACAGCGGAUAUAUUCCAGCAUUCCCAUACCUUGGCUCAUCCCCUCUUCCCUCGGAGUUCAAUAUGGAGACCUCUCUCAACGCAGCGACGAUGGAUUCCAUGGGCAGGCUGGAUUGUUUUCCGGAGAUGCAAAUGAAUGUGGGAGAGCUUCUAUGGCUCAACUGA